CCUCCCCCUUCUCGUCUAUUCGCCCGCGCCACGUAUCGCCGAUUUUGUGAAGAAGAGCCGCGAUGCGAAUGAUGCGGCACGAGGACAGCGACACGGAGAGCGAGCGGAGCUACAAAUCAGCGUCCAGCUUGCUGUCCAGGAGAUCGGCCAACCGGUCCUCAUUGAGCAUCUGCAGCGACAAGGGGGAGGGCAAAGGGGAGGCGAAGAGCUAUAGGGACUUGCUCUACAACAAGGGCUACCACAUUACAGGCAUCCUGGGCCGGGGCCAGAACAGCGGCUUCGUGGUGCACUCCGCCAUGAAGGACGGCCAGAAGUUCGCGGUGAAGGUCUCUACCGAGAAUGCCCAGGAGGGCACCAACGGUGAAGUCCUGAGAAGAGAGUUCGCCGUACUCUCGAAGCUGAAGCACGAGAAUAUCGUCCAAGCCUUCAGCAUGUGGCAAGGAGAUGCGGACGAUGGCACUCGAGGAGCUGCCAUGGUCCUAGAGCUGUGCAAGGGCAGUACCUUGAACAGAGUUCUCCCCUGGAGCCAAGUGAGCUUCUUCGACAUGGAGUGCCGCAGGAAAACGCUGCUGCAGAUUGCCAACGCGGUCUCCUACCUCCACGAGCUGGGGUUGUCCCACUGCGACCUACAUUCCAAGAAUGUGGUCGUGGACGCCGCUUGCGAGGACGGCUUGUACCGCAGCGACAGCGUGCUGACCAAAGUCAUCGACUUUGGCUGCGCCCGCACCCUCAAGGAGGAGAUGUCGGUCGAGGCGGAUAUCAAUGUGAAUAUUCUGCCCGUGGGCUCCACACAGCCCUGCGACAUCUUCGCCUUGGGCCUCAUCGGUUGCUCCCUCAUCGCCGGCAAGGAGAUCUCCAGCUGGAGCGUUGUGCCCAACUCGGGCAACGGCAGCUCAAUUUGCUUGCCAAAGUGUGCACUUGCAGAUUGGGAGCUGUCCAAGGAGGGAAAGGAGUAUUUACACGCGCUGCUGGCGGAGAGUUCGACUCGUUUUUCAGCUUCGGAGGCGUUCAGGUGGCUCCCAGAGGGUGGCCUCUGGCUGGUGAGAACCUCCAAGUUGUCUCUUUGAGACAUCUUUGGCUGUGGCUCAAAACCGUUUUGGCU